CGGAGCCUCGCGCGGGGGUCGGGCCGGAGCGCGAGGGGCAGGCCGGCCUGCGAAGGCCCGGACGGGGCAGCCGGCCAGGGAUCGAGCGGGGCAGCGGGCGGGGCUCCUGACCAAGCGGAUGUCAUGCUCAGGUGCGUAACCUUCUAACAUGGAAGACGGAGGUCAGAGAGAAGUCAUCGACUUGAAUAGUUUCCGGAGCCAUCGAGGGAAAGAUAGGAUUAACCACCGAGACGAGGGACUCAUCACGAUAUCCGACUCCUCGGACGAAGACUUGCCUGUGAUGUUGGACACACCUGUUCGCCAGCAGUGGGAAGAUGAGGAUGAUGAAGACGUGGUCAUCUUGAUGGAGACAGCCACCAAGAAAUUCCUGCGGCCCAACGUCAUCAAGCCCGCCGCUCCCUGGCAAGUCAUCAACAAGACGGGGGAAGGGGGAUCUAACGGCGAAGUGGUGGCCCUCCCUCACAAAGACCAGAAGACCAAACCCUCGACUUCUCCGAGGUUGCCUGGGACACGGCGGAACUGCCCGAAGACCGGAAGUGCUGGACCGGGCAGACCGAGCCAGACCGAAGUCUUGGAGUUACCCGAUUCUCCGGAUCCUGUUGACCCCAAGGAGGUCAGCGAGACAGAAGCCGGGCCCAGUGUGGUUCCGAAGAGAGAAGUUGCCCCGGAGGUCAUUAAUUUGGAGGAAGUGAGGGCCGAUCGAGACAACCAAGAAGAAGAAGAAGAAGAAGAAGAGAGAGAUCGGAGGGUUCCGCCCCGGCUGGCGCCCAACCUCGGGAGGGUUUUGCACUGCGUCCAGGAGAACACGCGGCUGGAUCAUCCGUACUUCCAGCCGGCGAAGAAAGAGGGACGGACUGGGGUCAAUCCUCUUCCUUCUCAGCCGGCGCUGUUGGAAAGAGAUCUGGGACCUUUGCCGAAAGUAUACCAAGGAGAGAUCCCCGGGCCGGCUUUCCCCAGGCCCGAGCCUCAGCAAGAUGGAAUCCCAGGCCCUGCUUCCCCUCAACCAGCUCACCCCCCCGAGGAAAACGGAGGCCAGCAGGCGGUAAUAAACGAGCAGGCCGGUCCGGCGUUUCCAGUCCAAGGAUCGCUGGAUACCAGCGCUGUUGAGCUUCCCAAGCAGACUGCUACUCUACAGGAGAAAGACCUCCUUGUCUUACUCACCCGAGAAACGGAAGCCAGGUUUCCAGACGCAACGAGAGAGUACAUCGAAGAGCUGAUACAAAGCAAAAACUGCAACGACUUAAACAUACUCUGCAAUUUUCUCCUGGAAAAUCCAGACUACCCAAAGAAGGAACUCAGUAUGGUUUUAAAUCCGAACAGCAGCCUCCUUUCCAGCCAAGACGAGACAAAGGUGCCUAAAGUGGACUAUUUUGACUUCUCCAAACUGGAUCCACUCGACCAGCGUUGCUUCAUUCAAGCCGCUGACCUCCUCAUGGCCGACUUCAAAAUGCUGAGCAGCCAAGACAUCAAGUGGGCACUCCACGAACUCAAGGGACACUAUGCAAUCACCCGAAAGGCCUUUUCCGAUGCCAUCAAAAAGUGGCAGGAGUUAUCUCCUGAACCCAGUGGGAAGCGAAAAAGGAGGAAAGAAAUGAAUCAGUAUUCUUACAUAGACUUCAAAUUUGAGCAGGGUGACACGAAGAUUGAGAAGCGCAUGUUUUUCUUGGAGAACAAGAGGCGCCACUGGAGGAGUUACGACCAGCUCUCCCUCCUGCCCCCGGUGCAGCUGGAGAGGGAGUUUUACGAACAGAAGAUCAAAGAGAUGGCAGAGCAUGCAGACUUCCUUCUUGCCCUGCAGAUGAACGAGGAGCAGUAUCAAAAAGAUGGCCAGCUGAUCGAAUGCCGCUGCUGCUACGGGGAAUUUGCGUUCGAAGAGCUGACGCAGUGCGCCGACGGACACCUGUUCUGCAAGGAAUGCUUAAUAAAAUACGCUCAGGAGGCCGUCUUUGGCUCCGGGAAGUCGGAGCUCAGCUGCAUGGAAGGGAGCUGCACGUGUUCCUUCCCCGCCACCGAACUGGAGAAAGUGCUUCCUGAAAACAUCCUCUGUAAAUACUACGAGAGGAAAGCCGAGGAGGAAGUGGCGGCUGCUUGCGCGGAUGAACUUGUCAGGUGUCCCUUUUGCAACUUCCCGGCUCUCCUGGACAAGGAGGUGAAGCGCUUCAGCUGUCCCAAUCCAUGCUGCAGGAAGGAAACCUGCAGAAAAUGCCAAGGCCUCUGGAAGGAACACAUGAAUCUCACUUGUGAACAGCUGGCUGAAAAGGACGACAUUAAAUACAGAACAUCCAUAGAAGAGAAGAUGACGGCGGCCCGCAUCAGGAAGUGCCACAAAUGCGCCACCGGCUUGAUCAAAUCGGAAGGCUGCAACCGCAUGUCGUGUCGUUGCGGGGCUCAGAUGUGCUACCUCUGCCGAGCUGCCAUUAACGGGUACGACCACUUCUGCCAGCACCCUCGUUCCCCGGGAGCCCCGUGUCAAGACUGUGCGAGGUGUUCCCUUUGGACGGACCCCACGGAGGACGACGAGAAGAUAAUCCACGAAAUUCAGAAGGAAGCGGAAGAAGAACAAAAGAGGAAGAGCGGAGAAAACAGUUUUAAGCGGAUCGGGCCUCCGGCAGAAAAACCCGCAGAGAAGAUCCCACGGAUCGAAGCCAUCCCCAGGCCUGUUCCCCAGAACUUCCACCACCACCACCACCACCAUCAAAUCCGCCCCUACCCUUUCGGCCACCCGCCUUUCCCUCUCCCUCCGGUGCACCCGCUCUACAACAACCUCGGCCCCAUCAACCUGGGCCCCAUCCCGGCCCCUUACGUGCCCCCGCUCCCCAACAUGAGAGUCAACUACGACUUCCCCCAAAUGAACCUUCAGCUGGAGCACAAUCUCCCUAUGCACUUCGGGCCUCAGCCUCGGCAUCGGUUCUGAUCCGCUUUUUCGGGAAGGCGCCGUUCCUUUCCGGAACUUGCUGCAGGGAAAGUCCACACACACUGGUUUGUCGAUGCUCGCUCUCCUUCCCUCCCUCCCUCCUUCCCCACGAAAGCUACCAUCUCCGCCUUGGCUCCUGUUCCUUCCGCCUCCCUGGUUGUCUCCCAGUUCAGAGAUCCGUUUCCCCCGCCCUCCGCUAGGCGCAGGGGAGCCCUAGUUUGCAAUAAGGGGUUUAAUCCCAGCACUGUUUAAUUUUUCUCCAGGUGCUCUCAGUGUUUGAGAAGAGGGCUUCCGCAGGAGUCGGGAGGAGGAGGGGACGACAGCAUCGCCAAAAUGUCUCCUUCCAUAGCUGUAGGACCUCGCAACACCUCAACCCAAGAAGAGGUUGAAGGUGGCAGAGGAAGAGGAAGAGUUUGGAAUAUUUGAAACGCUCAGGUGGCAGUUCCCUUCAUUCCCAGAACGCCAGGCGUGGCGGGAGGAGGGUCUUCUUAGCUUCCCUCUUCUGCUAGGAAAAGCAUGGGACAGAUGCCUUUCUUAAGGGGGUCGGGGUCUCCUAAAGCGAGCUGGGGGAGACCCUCGGGGAUUUGACAAGCAGCUCAGCGGAACCUUGAUUUGGCUACUAACCCUGGAGCCCGUGGAGGUUUUUCUCUAUUAUGCGUGGAAAUGAGAGCCCCAGCUGGAGGAAGGGAUGACAAACUGACGGAGAGGUCAGAAGUAUUGGGGUUCCGUGGAAAGACAGGUGUGCAAUUGGGUUUCCGCUUUUUUUCUCUGGCGUCAGGUUGCUCCCCCGGCUGGGAGAACUUCCCCUAUGCGCCUUGGACCUUCUCCCUUACCUGUGGGAGCACAUGGCUCUAAGCUCCCAUAUGCGUCCUCCAGCUCUUUAAAGCCCAGGUUUGAAGCUAGAUGUGUGCUCUCAACAUUUCGGUCUUGGGUUCUUCAGCAGAACCGUUUUAAGGGAUGGCUUUAGAUCAGUGCUCCUCAACCUUUAAGAGGAGGGGACUUCCAACUCCCAGCUGUGGGAAUUGGAAGUCCACCCAUCUUAAAAGCCCAGAAUUCCCAGCCAGCUACGGGAACUUGGAAGUCCAUCCAUCCAUCCAUCCAUCCAACUGAUCUACUAAACUAGGGGUCUCCAACCUUGGC